UAUGGUUCGCCUAGGAUUGGUGCAAGGUCCCCAGGAGGCACUUUAUCUUCUAGGCAAAAUUUAGGUGGUGCAUCCAACUACCUAGGUUACAAUGGAGUUGGAAGUCCGACUGGAGCAGCUUCUCUUCAGAUGCCUAUCGAUCCGUUAUAUGUUCAAUACCUUGCUGCCCAAGUUGCAGCCAGUUAUGACGAUCCUUUCAUGGCCAGUGGACAUCUAGGAAGUUCUUACAUGGAUUUACUUGGACCUCAGAAGGGUUGCCUUAGCCCACUGCUUCAGUCACAGAAGAACUAUGGCUGCUAUGGAAAUCCUGGAUUUGGCCUUGGUUAUGGCGGUAGUCCUUUGACGAGUCCUGUUCUGCCCUCUUCGCCUGUUGCAUCUGGUAGCCCACUUAGGCACGGUGAGCGCAGCAUGCGCUUUGCAUCAGGCAUGAGAAAUUUUGGUGGUUCUUUUGGUUCGUGGAAUCCGGACCUGGUUGGGAAGAUGGAAGGCAAUCUGAUGCCAUCACUUCUGGAGGAAUUCAAGAGCAACAAGAGCAGAACUUAUGAGCUCUCUGAAAUAGCUGGGCAUGUCGUUGAGUUCAGUGCGGAUCAAUAUGGGAGCCGAUUCAUACAGCAAAAGCUCGAAACAGCCAGCACUGAAGAGAAAGACAUGGUUUUUUCAGAAAUCAUGCCUCAAGCUCUCACAUUGAUGACUGAUGUAUUUGGAAAUUAUGUUGUUCAAAAGUUUUUUGAGCAUGGAAGCACUACUCAGAUAAAGGAACUGUCUGAUCAGCUUAUUGGGCGUGUCCUUGCUCUCAGUCUUCAGAUGUAUGGAUGCCGGGUUAUACAAAAGGCUAUAGAGGUCGUGGAUUUAGCUCAGCAGACUAAAAUGGUUGCUGAGCUGGAUGGACAUAUCAUGCGCUGUGUACGUGAUCAAAAUGGUAAUCAUGUAAUCAAGAAAUGCAUAGAGUGCAUCCCUCAAGACGUUAUCCAGUUCAUUGUCUCAACUUUCUAUGGUCAAGUUGUGCUGCUAUCAACUCAUCCCUAUGGUUGUCGGGUUAUCCAAAGGGUGCUGGAGCACUGUGAUGAUCCCACAACACAGCAGAUAAUGAUGGAUGAGAUUCUCCAGUCUGUUUGCUUGCUAGCUCAAGAUCAGUAUGGUAACUAUGUUGUUCAGCAUGUUCUGGAACAUCGCAAGCCACAUGAGAGAACUGCUAUCAUUGACAAGUUAAUUGGGCAGAUUGUGCAAAUGAGCCAGCAAAAGUUUGCUUCAAAUGUCAUUGAGAAGUGCUUAGCUUUUGGUAACCCUAUAGAGCAGCAGAUCUUGAUUGGUGAAAUGCUCGAGUCUACUACUAAAAGUGAACCUCUUGAGGUGAUGAUGAAAGAUCAGUUUGCAAACUAUGUGGUGCAGAAGGUGUUGGAGACUUGUGAUGACCAGCAGAGAGAGAUGAUCCUUACAAGGAUCAAAGCUCACCUGAAUACACUGAAGAAGUACACCUAUGGGAAGCACAUAGUCGCGCGUGUAGAGAAGCUAGUUGCUGCUGGAGAGAAGCGCCAGGGGCUUCAACCAGCAUGCACCGCCGCCUGAAGGGUGGAACUAUGCAGUUGUACAGCUAACAGUGGCUAGGUUUGCGCUCGCGUGUUCCCCCCAACAACUGAAAACCCUAUAAGAUCGACUAGUAAUGGUACCGGCAUGAAUAAGAUACAAAUCUUGGUUGCACUGGAGAGAGUGUACAUUCUGUAGGUGAGGAGGCAAAGACUAAUCUGAGAGACUAAGCUGUAAAGAGGAGGAAGAGGGUGGAGUAUGUUUGAACAUGUUACUCUGAUCACUGUACAAAUUUAGCACUAGAGAAGAGAAGAGAGUGAGAAAGCUGUUAGCUGUCGUAAAAAUGUCCGAGUUGAGAGCCGCUGCGACUACUUUUUUAGUUAUCCUGUUGUGUGUCUCGUGUCGAUAGAAGCAAACAAACCAUGAUGAUGGCUUGCUGUUGUUGUAAGAUAAAACUCUUUUCCGCAGUUUAAGCUGAAGUUAUUAGUAUCAGCUUUGCUGAACUGUUGAACAGUUUCGUGUAUUAAUGGAGUGUGUCCGUCUGUAAUCUAAUCGAGGAUGAUGAAA